AUGAAAAUUGAAAUAUUUAAAUUUUUAACUUUUAUAACUUCAAUUGCAUUUGUUCAAUACACCACAGCUUGCCUUGGUGGAAAUGGUGGAGGACUUCUUGGAGGUCUUGGUUUACCUGGUAUUGGUGGAGCUGGAUGCUGUUCUCAACCUCAACCUGGAGCUUGUGGUCCUCAGCCACCAUGUGGAGCACCACAAUAUCAAGCACCACCACAAACUGUUCCUAUAGCUGAUUCAUAUGCCGCCCCUCCAGUUGGUUAUGCUAAAGGUCCUCUUCUUGGAAAUCCAAAAAUUGGUGGUGUAGGAUAUCCUCAAGCAGCUCCACCAACCUCUUACGCUACUUCUGGAUAA